CAUUGUAAUAGGGAGUCUCCAUCAAUCAGAGAAGACCCCACCUCCACCAUCACCACUCCCUUCACUGCUUGCCAUAACCACAUCUGUUUCAUCCCUCCUCCUUUCCUCCCUUCCUCUUCCUUUUUCUUCCCUAUACCCUCUCACCUGUGCUCAAGAUAGACAGAGGUUCUGCAAAUAAAGUAAAGGAAGGACAAAGAAAAGUAUUACGUCCAAAAGAACAUGGAUUUUGAAAUAUAUAGCCCUGUAAGAGUUUUUUUGAAAUCAAAACAAUGGGAUGAGAAAACUUCAAAAUUUACUUCAGAUGAGGCUCUCCCAACUGUCAGAACAAAUGUCAGAAGGCGUAGUAGACUGCCACGAAUGAAUGACCCAGAGGAGUCCACUGACCAGCUGACUUCGGUUGACAUGGGUGACAUGGUCACAUUCCCCUGCUCUGUCUGCCACCAAGAACUGAACACAGCUGGGAAUUUUCUCCAUAAGAAACAUCACAAUGCUCUGAGUACGCUGGGUUUCGAGUGGAUGGGAGGGAGGAAACCAAAGCCCAAAAUGGUCAGUUUUCACAGAGAGUGUAUAAUUUCUAACCUUUUGAGAUCUUCUACAUACAGUGAAAAAGUCCUUCAGAGUAUGAAUUAUGCAUUUGAGCUUCUUAGGAAGAAACAAAUUCCGUCGUACUUCAAACUUUGUGACAAGGUCGGAGAGACUUCUAUAUAUUCUCCAACCAGCUACCACCUUCUGAUUAAAGGUAUAGCCAUCUGUAGCAAUAGUAAUUCAACCUGGAAAGCUGAGCCCAACUGUAAAUUCACGGUCGUGAACGACUUUGGCGAUAAAGCCAAUGUGUGCUUUUUCGGUUUAUUUGAUAGUCAUCAUGGUUACGCAGCAGCAGACCUGGCAUCAAAGGAGUUUCAGGUUUUACUUCUCCAUCAACUGUCUGUACAGGAUCCUUCCUACCAGAUGACAGCCGAGCAACAGGAUCUCAUCAAUUCCUUUCACACGGUGUUCAGGGAAGAAUACAGAGCCAGAGAAGAGGCCUUCUCUUCCACAUAUAAAACCUUCAGAACCAAUAAACGGGAGUAUGAGGAUGUACACAAAGCGUUUGCCAAGGCAUUCUGGAGAAUGGAUAGGCUUCUACGGCUGGGAAGGAACGAGGUCUCCCGGGUUCGGUGGAGCGGCUGUUCAGCACUCACGUGUAUAUUAGAGGGUGGGAUCAAGAACCCACAGGCUACUAAGGACUGGGAAAAAACCUAUCAGCAUGGUGUUAACAGCUCUCCCUUCCAGAAGAUUCCCCAGAUCAUCUCUGGAGUACUACACAUUGCAAAUGCUGGAAAUGUACAAGCAGUCUUAUGCAGAAAUGGAAAAGGAUUUUGCCUGACCAAGGAGCACACUACACGAAACACUAAAGAAAGAAGAAGAGUACUUUACAGCGAAGUAGGGAUCAGUUCAGAUGACCCCUAUGGUCUCCUGGAUGGGCACAUAAAAACCACCAGGGGUCUUGGAUUCCAUGGAAACCUCAGACUAAAAAAGGCCAUUAUUCCAGUACCACAAACAAUUUCUGUCCCUAUAGAUGAUUUAUGUCAGUUUCUCAUCUUAGCCACCAAUGGACUUUGGCAAGUUUUGGACAAGAAGGAAGUCACUGCACUGGUAAUCACUUUGUUUCACGCAUAUAAAGAAACAUGUGUUUCUGGCCCUAGAAAUAAACCCUGGCCAUCUAAAAGCCUGCUUUUCCCACCAGACAGUAACAUCCGCGUGCUGUUCCAAUACCAGCCUGAAAAUGAAGACAUUACGUCAACUACAGAUGUAAUGAAAAGGUUAUCUGACUCACCAUUUGCUGACACCAACAUUCAUCAAGAUACAUCUGCAGAAACAUUUCUACCAAAAGCGACCUCUUAUGACCCUUAUAGCACAAAAGAGAGUAAUAGCUUACCCACUACGAACAGUAAGCAGGAAAGUGAGAAAGAAAUAUGUAUUAAGAACUUCUAUAAAGGUGCAGCUGAGUACAUUGGCUGUCAACUGGUAAGUGCUGCAAUAGAAGGUGGUUCCAGAGACAGCAUCACUGUUAUGGUAAUGUUUCUCAAUGGAAGUGAGUAUCACAGGCGGACAUGAAACACUCCAAUGACCUAGAACAGUACUACAAAGACGCCUGUGAGAACCAUUCCUCAGAAAAGGAAGGAAACGCAAAAGUUGCAGCUUAUACAUCAUGUGUAUUAUGGUAUACACUUUAUGUCAAAGACAGAGAAAACUCGGUGUUGCUUUUUACACCACUUUAUUCCAACCUGAGCACCUCAAUAUAAAACUAAACACUGGUGAGCUGUUCUCCUUACUAAUUUUGAGUUACUGUAAAAUGUACACAUUCUGCUAGCAGAUCAACACUUAAAUAGAUUAAAUCAUCUGACACAUGGUAGAUUUCAUAUAAUGAAAAUACCUAAAAUAAUUAGUGCAAUAUACUGAUUAAAAUAAAAUGGACUUC